UUUUUUUUUUUUUGUUGAUUUUGUUCGUUUCGAGAGUGGAAAUUUUGAUGCCAGCCGCCUUGGUUUCCAUGAGAAAUGGUUUAAAGUUCAAAGCUUUUGACAGAGUCAAGGAGUCGAGUCGUUCUAGUCCGAGUCAAUGCAGAAAAUGAGUAGGAUACUUCCUCACCUCCUCGGACUCUUCGGCCCUGUAGGAUUUCCCAAAUGCACAGACCUCGGCCUGCUUUUACAAGUCAUCCCUUCUCCAGUUCCCGAGUCUACUGCCGUGUUAAACUGAGAAACUCCAUAUUAUAUUGUGAAGCCAGCAGGAGCAACAAAAAUAAUUAUCUGAACACGUUGUUUGUUUUAUCGAUCCCUAGAAUAUUAGGUUGUUGCUGGUGAAUUGGGAGUUUAAUUGGGAUAUGGCUUCUGUCUCCCUCUUUGUUUUCUUUCUUGUCUCAUACCUCGGGUUGCUUCUGUCGGCCGGACAAGAAGAAUCAUCAUACACCCAGAACUGUCGUCGCCUUCUUUGUGGAGAUCUGGAGAAGAUCGGCUUCCCAUUCAUCGAUAUCACAGACCCAAAAUGUUAUGUUGGCAUCGUAAAUUGUAACGAAGAAACUCAUCAGACGAUCCAACUGGGGACCGGUGAAAGACAGUACGAACUUACAAGCAUUGGAAGGAUUCCUGAACAGCCUAAUGCUUAUGUCCUGGGUAUCCGGGACCAGAAGCUUUCGGAGAACUUGACUUCCGGUAGAUGCAAAUUCAUAACGAAUCCAACUAUCCUCCCCCGAUUUCCAUUCAUCUCUUUACAAAUCAAGUCACACAAUCGGACCUUUGUCAAAUGCGACAAAGCUGUCAAAAAGUUUGGCUGGAUGCAAUCGAGCGAUAUUAAGUGCGAAGACGGUUAUUAUCUCUACGAUGGUCAUCCAAGCGAUGGUUUUCCUCCUGGAUGUUCCCCUAUUCAGCUCCCAAUAAAGCCGCGGCCAAGUGAGAGUGAACCGUAUCCCGUUGAGUUCGAACUUCUAGUGAAUGUGUCUGAUGAUUGUUCCCCGUGCCAUGAGAAAGAAGGACAAUGCCAGAUCGACAGAAACAUUUAUUGUCCAAAGAAAGGGAAGAAGAGUAAAGUGUUGGCGAUAGCCUUGGCCACUUUAUCUGUUGCCAUUGGAGUUCUAAUAGUCAUUGGCCUCAGCUUUAGGCGAAAGUUUAGAUCCAUUUUGAAGAAGGAAAGUCUAACACAUCAGAAUGUCGAGGCCUUUCUAAGGAAUAAUGGACCUUUUGGUAUAAGAAGAUACAGUUACUCGGAUAUAAAGAAAAUGACCAACUUCCUCAAAGAUAAAUUAGGCCAAGGAGGUUAUGGUAGCGUCUACAAGGGGAAGUUACAAGAUGGGUCUAUGGUGGCAGUAAAAGUUUUGAAAGGAUCAAUAGGAAAUGGAGAGGAAUUCAUAAACGAGGUUGCCAGCAUUAGUAGGACCUCACAUGUCAACAUUGUUACUCUUAGGGGCUUUUGUUUUGAGGGUUCCAAAAGAGCUCUUGUUUAUGAAUUUAUGCCUAAUGGAUCUCUAGAGAAGUUCAUAUUUAAAAAAGAUUCACCAUCUAAUCAUCAAUUGCAGUGGGAAACAUUGUAUAAGAUUGCAAUUGGCAUAGCUCGAGGAUUAGAGUACUUGCAUAGAGGUUGUAACAAUCGAAUCUUGCAUUUUGACAUAAAGCCUCACAAUAUUCUUUUAGAUGAGAACUUUUGUCCAAAGAUCUCAGAUUUUGGCCUUGCAAAAGUAUGCCCUAGAGAACAAAGUAUCAUAUCAAUGUUGGGUGCAAGAGGAACUGCAGGAUAUAUAGCUCCAGAAGUAUUUUGUAGAAACUUCGGAGGGGUCUCUCACAAAUCAGAUGUUUACAGCUAUGGAAUGAUGGUUUUGGAAAUGGUUGGAGGUAGAAAGAAUAUAGAUGCUGAGGUUGAUCAUACUAGUGAAAUUUUCUUUCCACAUUGGAUUUACAGGCGCCUUGAACUCAAUGAAGAACUAACAUUGCAUGGUCUCAAGACUGAAGAGGAUCGACAAAAUGCAAAGAAGAUGACAAUAGUGAGCUUGUGGUGCAUACAGACUGACCCAUCAAACCGGCCAGCAAUGAGUAGAGUUGUCGAAAUGUUGGAAAUGAGCCUCAAUGCCUUGCAAAUUCCUCCUAAACCUUUCUUGUCUUCCCCGUCAAGACUAGAAGCUGAUUCUUCGACUAUAAUGGUUCUAUCUCAUUCUGGUUCUAAGGUUCUCUAAAAAAAUAUUUUUCUUGAAUAGGAAAUCUUAAUUCUCGAAAGCAAUUGGGUAUAUUUUUCAGUUUGAUCAAAUAUUAGCUUGUUGAUGCACCUUCAGUUGAAGACUUGCCCAACUUUAACUGCCUAAAAUAUGCAGUAUUAUCUAGCUUGAUGGCUCGAUCA